AUGAAGUCCGCCUGCACCGAGAUCCUCGAAGCGGCGGACAAAAUCGCGGACCGAGGUGAAGAGUCUGAGGUCAACCGCAAAAUGGCGGCGGAUAACAAGAGGAUGCGGGAGGAACUAGUUCUGCUAAGGCAAGAGACUAAAGCCCUCCGAAUCGCAUUCUCUGAGAGGAAGGCCCCCAACACGGAGCCCUUGGCCUCGACGCCCGAUAUCAUGGCCCAAGUCGACCGCUCCAUGCGGUCGUUCGGAGAGUCCCUCACCAGGGACCUAUUCCUCUCCCUGGGGGGAAUGAUGAACGACCGCAUUAAGGAACUGGAAAAGAGGGCUAUUGUUGCCCCUCAGGAGGUACUGCGUCCACCGCUUGCGGCUGACCGUCGCAAUAAGGAGGCUGGAAAGGCCCAAGAUGAGGCACCCAAACAACCCGAAAAUGUGGGGGCAGUUGCAGGUUCCACCCUGAUGCCCCCGGCAAGACCUGGCCCGGCGCCCAAAGCGCCAAAAGCCACAACGGCAAAGGCUCUGCAAGCUCCCUCACAGGAUGCUUCUGGCGCCCCACCCCAGGAGGAACCCACCCCCUCCUCCUCUUGGACGGAGGUAGUUAAAAAGGGGAAAAAUAAGGGGAAGGGAAAAAAAUCAUCCCCUCCUGGGGUGGAUAGUGCGGCUCCUCGCCCUACGGCCCCUGCGCCGGUCAAGCGGCAGUAUGCCCUUCCCAAGUCAACGGCUGUGGUGGUGACUCUCAAGUCGGGUGCCACGGUAGAUUAUAAAACGGUGAUGGGAAGGGUCACCACAAUAAAAUUGGCGACCAUGGGUGUGGAUCAUGUGGCAGUGAGGAGUACGGCGACAGGCGCCAGAAUCAUCGAGGUCCCCGGAAGUGACAGCGGCGCUGUCGCUGACAACCUCCCCAGUAAAAUCCGGGAACUAGUAGGGGAAGUAGCCGAGGUCACGCGGCCGUACAAAACGGCCCAAAUUAAAAUCUCCGGCUUUGACGAAUCGGUCACGCCGGAGAUACUGCAGAGGGAGGUGUCCCAGGUCGGCAAAUGUCCACCGGAACAAAUAAAGGUGGGGCAGAUCCGAAUGACCCCGGACUUCACCGGGGCCGUCAUCGUGACCUGCCCUGUAGCCGUGGCCAACGCCCUCGUGGCGGACGGCCGUAUUUUGAUUGGUUGGUCGUCCGCCAAAAUCACUGGCCUGGAACCCCUGCCUAUGCGCUGCUUCAGGUGCAUGGGUUUGGGCCACACGAGGGCGCUGUGUCCAUCACCGGUGGACAGAUCAGAACUCUGCCACAGAUGCGGGAAAACGGGGCACCUCACACAACAAUGUGCAGAAAAGGAGCCCUGGUGUGCGGUGUGCCAUCACGCCAAGCUCCCGGCAAAGCACACUAUGGGAGGGAAGGCGUGCAACCCCCCGCGCACCAGGGGGCGGCUGGAGCCCACUGGGCCUAACAGAGCGGGCAGCACAAUGGAGCACUAA